UUAAGCGGCCCCUAGACGAUCAAUUAUAUUGCGCAAUAUUGAAAAUUGUGCAAUAUAAUUAAUCGUCUAGGGGUAAUAUUGAAGAUUGCGUAAUGAUUGUACGAAAGUUUGAGCGAAACAAAAAUUUUUAUUGAACCAUAUUUUUCCAUUGCGUCGUGUAGGGUCAGCAUUGCGCAAUAUUUUUUGCCUGUGUUUCGUCGGCAAGGACACACGCGUGCACGCUUCCCAAAAAUGGCAGAAAAAGAUAAUACGAAAGUUAAGGAAAGAGAGUUUAUCGUCGAAUGUAUCCAAUUGUACAGAGAAUUGUCGUCUUUGUGGAAUGUCAAGAGCAAAGAAUAUCAUGACCGUGAUAAAAAAAAAGCUGAUUACGAAACAUUGUUGUCUAAAUAUAAAGAGAUGUUUCCUGAGGCAAGCAAAGAUGACGUGAAGAAGAAAUUCAAUUCUUUGAGAACCAACUACCGGAAGGAACUCAAGAAACACCUUCAGUCGAUGAAAUCCGGAUCUGGUACAGACGACAUAUACCAACCUACUUUAUGGUAUUUUAAUGAAAUGUUUUUUUUACAAGAUCAGGAAACCGCAUCGGAUUUACAGUCUAGUAUGGAUACUCAGUCUACUAUACGUAGUCCGGGAGGAGAGAGUGAACAUUCUAAUUUGGAUACUAAUUAUACACAGGAAAAUAGUUCAACCAUUGAAGCUGAUCAAGUUACAACUACAUCCUAUGCAGUUCCGAAGACAAAAUAUAAAAAAUUAAAGAGGAAAUCUGAUGAUGAACUUAUGCAACUUGCAGUUAACCGUCUUAGACAGAAGCCAGACGAAUAUGAAAACUGGGCUGCGUCUUGUGCUGCAGAUUUAAAGAAAAUGGAACCAACACAACAAAUCUUUGCAAAGAGUGCUAUUGCUGCUAUUAUCAUGGAAGGACAAUUAGGUCUUUUACAUCGCAAUUCAGUUAAAAUAAAUACUCCAACAGUAACAAUAACUCCAUCUCCGACAUAUACAAGGGCCACGCCAACUCCAACAAAUUACAACAGCACGCCAUCGCCUGGCUAUUCUGAUCUUCCACCUGAGGAGCUGCCAACAGAACAUGUACUACUCCCAACAGGAUAAUCAGCAGAACAGACAAUUCUCAACAGGAAAAUGAUGCUAAUGACAUGUCUCAACUCUCAAUAUAUAAAGCUAAAUAAAUGUUUAUUAAAUAAUAAAUAAAUGAAAAAAUGUCUUUA